AUGCCGAAGUUCACGGAGUUCAAGCCGGAGGAGGACGACGUCGACGAGUAUCUCGAACGCUUCGAGAUUUUCCUUCGAGUGAACGCUGUCAAGACGGAAGACAAGGCCGUGACGCUGCUGAACUACAUCGGGAAAGCGUCAUACCAGGUUCUGAAAACCUUGCUCGUCCCAGACUCGCCGGUAUCGAAAUCGUACGACGUACUUUCCGAGGUGCUGAAACGCCACUACGCGCCCAAGCGCUUAGUCAUUGCAGAGCGCACGAAGUUCCAUUGGAGAAAUCAAGAGGUCGGCGAGAGCCUAGCGGACUUCUCCUUGGCUAUCAAGAAGCUCGCCCAGACAUGCGUGUUCAAGGACUACCUCGACCAGGCUCUUCGGGACCGGCUCGUGGCGGGGUGUCGCGACCCUGAGGUACAGCGGACACUCAUCCAGCUCGACGACGAUUACUUCGACGAAGUUCUAAAGGUGGGCCUGGCCAAAGAACUUUCUCUGCGCAAAACGGACGAGAUACGACAGCCCGGCGUUCCGGACUCAAUGGACGUGCACCGCGUUCAAGCGGCAUCCCGCAGGCUAACCAUUCGGAAGGUGUACCAUGACAUCAGCGACGACAAGGAUGAGCCGCGCAUGGGUGAAGGCGACUAUCAAGCUCCAACAGAAGAGGAUGUCCCAAGCACAAAGCCGCCUGAGGACAUGGUGACGGAGAAAAAGUCCGGAUCUCGACGCCGUCCUGAGCCCCUGCCUCGUGCUAAAAACGUCCCCGUAGACGUCGCUUCUCUUCCAACUGUUUCGAUUGGGACGGACCCCUUGGUGUGCGUGACGGGAACCCACUCCAGAUUGCCCCUCCUGCCCCAAGACGGAGUCUGCGACUUUGCCAUCUUUAGUGACGUGGUGUUCGGCGACGGAGAGUGGGUGUCCUCGAACAGCCGUGGCAAGCUAGACCGCUUUAUGGAGAUGGCCAAGAAAUCCGGUGCCACCGUGUUCAUGCUCUCGUUCCCGGCCAAGAUGCAAAGAGAGAUGGGCCAGUUCCUGUCGUCGACUGCCGCAGCCGAUCUGAUCAGGGAUUACGCCACUAAAGGGAUCCGAGGCUACGGCUUCGCGCGCGUGGAUGUCACCGUUAGAGAGCGGGACUUUGCCUCUGACUACGCAGGAGCACUCGAGCUACUAAAUAUCGCCAUGAAAUCAGCAGUACCGAUGUCCGGCGUCUCUUUCAUCGGCAUGCUACUGAGGCCUAGCAGUGCCGGAAAAUCCAGUGAUCUUCAUCUUUCCACAGCCAUUAUCAGGAACGUGGACAUGUUUAUUGUGAUUUCCCACACGUUAAUUCCGGAUUCAAGCGAGUGCAAAGUGAAACCCAUCAGUUCUUGGACCAGUGAGCACCUCAACGACGAUACACUUUUACCUCUGAGUGCCGCUUUGAACGUCAUUAAAAAGGAAAAGGACGAGAACACAACAUUCGCGUUAUCGUUUUCCUUGGGCGUCCUGGAGUUCCAAGUGGCAGAGUCAAGCUUGGGCGGAAUUGACGGUGUUUGGAAUAUCGCCUGCUCCCACUGCCUCCUGGAAUCGUAUGAGCUGGUAUGCCGGGACCCAUUAACCCGUGGACGAGUUGGGACAGAUGACCUCAUUACUUAUGACUUCAGCAAGAAAAGAAGAAGGUGGCGCUCCUACGAGACCGCUGAGAGUAUUAGGAAGAAGGUGAGGCGAAUGUAG